AUGCAAAAUGUAUUCAGUCAAAGACAUUUGGCAUUUUUCCUGAAUACUUUGAAUAAUAAACUAAUUCAUAAAAAUGUUAUGAGCUCGAGUGAAUGGGUAAAUAUUAUCACAGAAUGGGCUACAUUAAAAAUUAAGUUUGAAGUGGCCAUAAACAACAUUACAAUCGAAAUCAAAGCCCUAGAUCUCAAGGUUAAUAAAACACGUAUUGACAUCUCCUUGUUAUCCAAAGAAAAUCAAGAUAAGAGCCGUUUACAUAAACUAUUAAAGAAGUCUAUUUAA